UAAAACACGGACAACUUUGACUCUUUUUCCUUAAUAAUUUCUCUUUGAUAUUUGAACAGACUUCAAGUUUUGACAUGUGAUUUUCCCUGAUGAGAUAUAUUGGAAUUGAGACUUCACCACCCUCUCAUAACAUGCAUUUUUUGGUGGGCCUUGCACAAUUUUAUUGAUUGUAGUAAUUGUUUUACUUAUUUGUCACUUACUCCGUGACACUGGUUGUUUGGGCCUCGGGCUAGACUUAUCGGAAUAGUGUGGGCCAUCUAUACUGCUAAAGGACUCUCUUUAUGCCACCAUAAUGGUUUUCCGGCAAUAAGAAAUCAGUUUGCUUCUAAUUAAAACGUUGGGAUGUGCUCAAGAAAAUAACAGCAAUUUCUUAUUUUAAGGAUAAGUGUGUCGUAAAUAUAAUUGGAUUUUUCUUAAAAAGCGAUAGGAGAUUUUAUAAGCUGGAUUUAAAAUGAAACUUAUACACAGUUGCCUCAGACUAUUCGUGAUUUUAUGUGAACUUUACCAUGUUUUAGGACAACCUCCAAUUUUUAGCUUUAACGCCCGACAAGGGACAGUAUGCAGAUUAAAUGAAUUUCGUUGUGGUAAUGGGACCUGUAUUCCUUCAGAAUGGACCUGUGACAAAGAUACAAACUGUUUGGACGGGUCGGAUGAAUCCCCCACCGUUUGUGAUGGAAAUUCAGUUGAAGCAACAAAGAAACAUAGAAGAGUGUGUUAUUAUACAAACUGGGCGCAGUACAGAGAGGCCCCGGCUCGAUUUACCCCUGAAGACAUUAGGCCCGAAUUGUGCAGCCACUUGAUAUACGCCUUUGCCAAACUAGAAGGUGCUCAGAUAGAGACAAGCGAAUGGAACGAUCCACUAAUGUAUGAAAGAUUUAAUAACCUGAAAAAUAAAAACAGAGAGUUGAAGACGUUAUUAGCUGUUGGAGGUUGGAACGCUGGUAGUAAGGCAUUUUCUCCAAUGGUAGCUUCCACUGAGAGUAGACUGCUCUUUGUGAAUUCAGCCAUUGAUUUUCUGAGAAAAUACGGCUUUGAUGGGUUAGACUUAGACUGGGAGUACCCCACAAGACGCGGGGGGAGGCCAGAGGAUAAAGAGAAUUUCGCUAAGUUGGUCAAGCUGUUACGGGAGGCGUUUGAUCGUGAAGCUCAGCAAUCAGGUAAACCACGCCUUCUUCUGUCAGCCGCUGUACCUACCAGUAAAGAACUCGUGGACCAGGCUUACGAUAUAAAGACUCUAGCUAAGCAUCUUGAUUUUAUAAAUCUGAUGACGUAUGAUUUUCACGGUGGUUGGGAGAGCACGGUGGGUCAUAACAGCCCCCUGUACAGUCGCCGGUCAGAAACAGAGACCCAAAGGACAAUGAACACGAACUGGGCCGCUAAGUACUGGACACAGAAUGGUGCACCCAGAGAUAAACUUAACAUUGGAAUAGCCACGUACGGAAGAACGUUCACAUUGGCGGAUCCUCGAAAUGACCGGAACAUUGGAGCGUCAGCUGUAGCCCCAGGACGUCCAGGGCAGUAUACAAGAGAAACCGGAUUUCUGUCUUAUUACGAAGUUUGUCAAAUGCAAGACAGACGAAAAGGAAAAAUACACAGAGACGAGGAGCAAAGCGUGCCUUACUACGUCACUGGGAACACGUGGGUGGGAUAUGAUGACAUUUACAGUGUAAAGAAUAAGGCAAAAUGGAUCCUACAAGAAGGAUAUGGAGGAAGCAUGGUUUGGUCCUUGUCUCUUGAUGACUUCAACAAAAUGUGUUCAACAUCCUCUAGCACUUAUCCUUUGACCUCUGUUAUAUCUGAAACAUUAGAAGCAGAUCGUUUAUCUAAUUUUCCAUCUACAACAACCACAAGAAUAGUAUCAACCACAAUGGCUACAAGCACGAGAGCAACAACCACAGAGGUGACCACCAUGGAGGUGACCACCACAGAGGUGGCCACCACAGAAGCCACAACAACAGAAGCAACCACAACAGAAGCAACCACAACCAAAGAGGAACCAACGACAUUACCGCCCAUUAUUAACACCGUGCUACCGCCGAUUGUGACACCACCGAACAUAUUGGUUUCAUCAGUUCCUCCGCCAAACAAUAUCACCAUUAUAAUACCAAGACCCACACCGAAUCCUGUAAUGCAGACAACAACAGGACAAACUGCUCGAGAAAUGACCACCAUGAAACAUAUAAAAUUUACUGUCAUUGUCAAAAAGAACCCUUUCUCUUUCCGAUCUUUAAAAAGAGGUUUUCAACCAGAAACCUCGACACGGGAAACAGGGAGGGGGUUUAGAACUACAGCGAGGGAAGUAACACCGCAACCAUUACCCACAGCUGAAACUAGAAAACCCCCGAGAUUGAAUAAGAUAAUUCCGACUAGAAGAACUACAACAAUAGAGACUCCAAUCCCAAGAGGACUGGAGCAAGUCAACCUAGUACUUACACGCACUGGUAUUCUAAAGAAAUCUCCCCUUUGGCUACAUAUAACUGAAAGGAAAAUUUACCCACCCUAUUUUUACUAUUUCAAUUGUCGAAGAAGAAGAAAUGGUUAUUACACAGAUGUUAACGACUGUUCAAAGUAUUACGUGUGCCAAAGCCAGAGAACGUUUCAUUACAAAUGCCCCAAGGACUUGUAUUACAAUCCACGGAAACAGAUAUGUGAUUGGAUCACAGCUGUAAACUGUGUCAGUCCGCCGAGGAAAUAGUCCAGGGGAAAAUAUUGAAGUCAAGGAAAUGUUUUUGGUUUUGCUCUUGUUAUGAAAUAAAAUUGUUAUAUACAUAUC